GCAUCACCAGGUAGGUGCGGACUCUCCACAUCCAAACGCCGACCAGCCGACGCAUCGUUUCAAUGACAUAAACGAAGUGAUGAUCAGGGCUUAUGGCGUCCGAAGUGCAGAUGCUCUCUACCUUCCUAUAUUACUCUGCCCCUAGUACUUACUCCCACUCAAAUCCUCAGCAAGACUUUCAACAUGAAUCCAGAAGUCUGCUGCACCUGCGCGUCCUUGCUGUCAACUAUCCCGCCAAGUUAUGAUGAGAAGACGGAGAAGCCCGCUCAGUUCGAACGGCGAUUACAGUGCUGCACGCGUAUCAUUUGCGUGCGAUGCAUAACGGAUAACCCAAGAUUCGCAUCGUACUGUCCUUUCUGUCAAGUUACUACCGGUCCAUCUAUUCUCCCACAAGGCCUGCGCGAUCCACCUGCCUACUCGCCACCAUCACUCCCCAACCCAAGAUAUGAUUCUGAAGAACAGCCACCUCCGUAUUCGGAAGGGGAGAAUGUCAUGGAUGUAUCUGGAAAGAAGGUCUGGAAGGGCGAUAGUCCUGCAGAUGAUGUGUUACAUUUUGUAGACCACGAUAGAGAUACCAUAGCGUCGUUAUCGCUCAGAUAUGGAGUCCCAGCUGAGGCUCUGAGGAGGAAGAACAGCGUUUUCACUGAUCAUCUACUACCAGCCCGAAGAGCUGUCCUCAUACCUGGUGAAUUCUACAAAGGUGGGGUGAGCCUGAGUCCGCGCCCCAUUCAUGGCGAAGAAGAGGAACUACGAAAGAGCAAAGUUCGGAAAUGGAUGGUUGCCUGUAAGGUCGCCGAAUACGAUGUCGCUCUUCUGUAUCUACAACAGGCUGAAUAUGAUCUCGAAAUUGCAAUCGACGCAUAUAAGGCAGACGAAAGAUGGGAAAGAGAGCACCCUCUCCAGGUAGCCAAGAGAAGAAAAGGUAAAGAGUCCUUGAAGGAGAAGAGAUGGAUUUCAACCGGGGGCCUGGCGAAUCAGUUGUGCUAAAGGUGACCUGCAAGAUUAUCGUAUAAUGGUAUGGGCCACUACACAUACGCUCAGGUGGUCUUUCAUUUUGUAUGCCAGAGUUUGAGGACUGCAUCAAGAGUACCAAGUUUUCACGAGCGCCAAUAUCCUUCUGCUACUUGCACCGAUCGUAGAACGAAGAUGUUCUCCGUGUAGCCAUGGCGACGCUCGCCAGGGAUGACCGCUGUGAUGCAUAAGCGAAGGUCAUCAGAAGAAG